AUGCCCGCCGACUAUUACGGUGUGCUUGGUCUAGCGCCAUCCGCAACCGCAGAUGAAAUCAAGAGAUCAUACAAGAAACUCGCUGUCAAGUUUCAUCCUGACAAAACGAACGAUCCGUCACUUCACAAUAAGUUUCUUCUAAUUAAUGAAGCUUACGAAACCCUCAAGGAUGACACCCUGAGAAAGACCUACGACCUCAAGAACGGUAUAUCCAGCCUGUCAAGCUCCUCAAAAAGCGAUCCAUUCCAUCGUGAUGGCUUUCGAAGUCACCACGGCUUCUCAUACUUUCUGAGUACUCGAAACGGACCAGGUUCAUACUUCAAUUGGCAACAGCUGAACUUCCGUGCGUAUGAGGACGCAUAUUACCGCCACUCCCGUCAGGAGAAGGAGGACGCCGCUGCGGCAGCUACAGCCGCGGCAGCACAGGCUGCCAAAUUGGCACAGAAGCAAAUGGAAGCAGAAAUGAAGCGCAGGCAAGAUGAGUACAUGGAGAAAGCAAGGCAACAGCGUGAAAGGGAGCAGCUCGAAGAACUUGAUAGGAAGAUGAGAAAACAAAAGGAGGCGAAAGAGCGAGAGGAACGCGAAAGAAGGAAACAGCAAACCGAGGAGCUAGAGGAAAUGUACAGAGGAGUUAAACAGAGAGCAUUCCAGCGGCUGUGGCACGGCGUAAAUGGCUAUGACAAUAGUUACGAGCAGCCAGGAACCAACUCCAGCGAGCCAAUAAUAGUCGAGGACGAAGUGGGGUCGGAUAGCGACACAGAUGAUGCUAGUGAUUUUCAUGAUGCGAACAUUGGUGACGAGAGUGUGGACUUGGAUGCAGACGACGGGUGGACAGAGGACAUUCAUGAUGUGGAAGUGGAAUCUGAGAUCAUCGAGGAUUCAGGCAUUUCAGACGCAGCUUCAGGUUUAGAUGAGUCUCACAAUGGUGUCCAUGAUUGGCAAAGUCGGCCCCCGACUGCUGAGGAACCAGAUCAAUCGUUCAACCAAGACCAUGAUGGUUCGGACGCGAACGUUACGGAUGCCUCACUGAAAGGUGCUCCUGAAACUCCAAAUGAUGGUCCGGAAGUGGUAGAGAUCCCAGAGGAUGGAGAUAUUGAUGGUCUGAGUGGUAUAUUCUCACAUGAGGAACCAAAGAGUCCACAGCGGAAACCAUUGUACAGCAUGUCUUCGCCACAAGCGAAGGUAAAGACUCAGAAAUUCCUUAACGAACAGCGGCGUCGUGAGGCAUCGUUUCAGCAUGGUCCAACCAGUGCUAAGAAGCCACGGUUCGCCGAUAUGAGCGAUUUGAGGGAUACACUUGGAACUGAUUUGGACGACGUGAGUUUUGAUGAUAUGCGAGACAACUUGCCAGAAACAGGGCCAAAGACUCGGAAAGCCAGUGGGUCUGUUCAAUCCCCCUUCAAGAGAGCCAGAACAGAAUAUACUGAUGGCACGUCGAGAGCACAAACUCUUUUCACCCCGAUCAAUAAGCUGAGUGCACGGUUCACAAACUCUACGAUUUCUCCAUCUGACUUGACACCUGAUGUUGACGAGAAUAGUAUCAUGUUUACAGCCACACCUCCGCAAAUCGAUAUAGGGCUGAGUCUCACCCACAAACAAUGGGACGAAUACGUUCAGAAUAUCAACAAUUACGAACGCAAGUUUGCAGAAUAUCGGAAGGCGGUGCUACAGUACCAAAUAGGACGUCUUGAAAAGGACGAGCGUCACCGCAACAUCAUCUACUCUGACACGUCGUGCGUUGAGGCGUACCUGUCUUGUUUGUUCAAUGACAUGCUCAUUAUUCAGAAUUAUCACCGGACUCUUCUGGAAUUCCGGGAGACACUCAAGACAUUCAAGCGCAACUGCGACGAGGUCAAUGCAAUGCAAACACUGGGAAAUGUAUAA